AUUAGGGGCAAGUUGGUGGAGGUAUUGGUAGAUAGCGGGUCCACGUCAAAUUUCAUUGACGAGGAGCUGUCCAAGGAGAUAGAAAUUCCAUUCACAAAGGUGAAACCUUUUGGAGUCAAAGUGGCCAACGGAGAGACACUUCGAGGAGAUCUACUUUUCAACGGAGUAAAGAUGGAAGCUCAAGGUCAGAAGAUGAAAGUUGAUCUAUAUGCCUUUCCAUUGAAGGCGACUGAUGUGGUACUUGGAUGUCAGAGGUUGGAGACGCUUGGUCCAAUGACAACUGAUUAUUGGAAAGGAACUAUGGAGUUCGAGCGAUCGAGCAAGCGAAUCAAGUUGAUGACCGAGGAUCCAUGGGAGUCACCCGAUGAGGAUGAAGAUGAUAGACGAGUCUGCAAGCUUAAUUUCAUCAUCCUUGAGGACAAGAAUAGUCUCGAAGAGGACGGGAAUGAUACGGAA